CCUCGCGAACUGGGCAGGAAGUCUGGGCGGGCGGAGCUGAGAGCUGUUCGGGGAGUGGGAUCGCCCGAGUCUCUCCUCUUAGACGCGCACCUCGGUGUCUGUAGCACCCUCUCCUUCCUUCGUGGGCAGCGAGAUCCGGUAGCCAGAACCCCAACAUGUCCAUCCUCAAGGUGCAUGCCCGAGAGAUCUUUGACUCUCGUGGGAACCCCACUGUUGAAGUUGACCUCUACACUGCCAAAGGCCUGUUUCGAGCUGCUGUGCCCAGCGGGGCCUCCACUGGCAUCUACGAGGCCUUGGAGCUGCGUGACAAUGACAAGACACGUUACAUGGGCAAGGGUGUGUCAAAGGCUGUUGAGCACAUCAAUAAUACUAUUGCACCUGCCCUGGUUAGCAAGAAGCUGAACGUCGUGGAGCAGGAGAAGAUCGACAAGUUGAUGAUCGAGAUGGACGGGACUGAGAACAAAUCCAAGUUCGGGGCGAAUGCCAUCCUGGGGGUGUCCCUCGCCGUGUGCAAGGCCGGCGCUGUGGAGAAGGGGGUGCCGCUGUACCGCCACAUCGCCGACCUGGCCGGCAAUGCCGAGGUCAUCCUGCCAGUCCCUGCUUUCAACGUGAUCAACGGGGGCUCCCACGCUGGCAACAAGCUGGCCAUGCAGGAGUUCAUGAUCCUGCCCGUGGGCGCGGACAGCUUCAAGGAGGCCAUGCGCAUCGGCGCCGAGGUCUACCACAACCUGAAGAACGUCAUCAAGGAGAAGUACGGCAAGGACGCCACCAACGUGGGCGACGAGGGCGGCUUCGCGCCCAACAUCCUGGAGAAUAAGGAAGCCCUGGAGUUGCUAAAGAAUGCCAUCGGGAAGGCGGGCUACACGGACAAGGUGGUCAUUGGCAUGGACGUGGCCGCGUCCGAGUUCUUCAGGUCUGGAAAGUAUGACCUGGACUUCAAGUCCCCCGACGACUCCAGCAGGUACAUCUCACCGGAUCAGCUGGGUGACCUCUACAAAUCCUUCAUCAAAGACUACCCAGUGGUGUCCAUCGAGGACCCCUUCGACCAGGACGACUGGGACGCCUGGCAGAAGUUCACAGCCAGCGUGGGCAUCCAGGUGGUGGGCGAUGACCUCACGGUGACCAACCCGAAGCGCAUCGCCAAGGCCGUGAACGAGAAGGCCUGCAACUGCCUGCUGCUCAAAGUCAACCAGAUCGGCUCCGUGACCGAGUCCCUGCAGGCGUGCAAGCUGGCGCACUCCAAUGGCUGGGGCGUCAUGGUGUCCCACCGGUCCGGGGAGACAGAGGACACUUUCAUCGCCGACCUGGUGGUGGGGCUCAGCACCGGGCAGAUCAAGACUGGCGCACCGUGCCGAUCCGAGCGCCUGGCCAAGUACAACCAGCUCCUCAGAAUCGAGGAGGAGCUGGGCAGCAAGGCCAAGUUCGCAGGCCGGAACUUCAGAAACCCCCUGGCCAAGUAGGCUGAGGCGGGCCAGCACCCAGGUCACAGGGCCCAGUAGUUAGGUCCCCUCACACCACCGCUUCUGUAGAUGCCAGUGGGGCCACCCGGGGCCCAGGACCCCAGCUCUGAUCAUCAUGCUCGUCACCUGUGUCCCACCAUGUCUGGAGUCUCGUGUUCCCAGUGUUCUGUGCGAAAUAAAGGCCCCGACUCCCCAGGA